AUGAAGAAAAAGGUCCUGCUGAUGGGCCAGUCGGGCUGCGGCAAGACGUCUAUGCGCUCCCUCAUCUUCUCGUCCUACCGCGCAUCCGACACCCGCCGCCUCGGCUCCACGCUCGACGUCGAACACUCCCACGUCCGCUUCCUCGGCAACCUCGUCCUCAACCUCUGGGACUGCGGCGGACAGCAGUCGUACAUGGACAGCUACCUUGACAGCCAGCGCAGCCAGGUCUUUAGCGCAGUAGGCGUCCUCAUCUACGUCUUUGACCUCGUCGGUGCAGAGGGCGAGGGAGAGCAGGAAUGGGAAAAGGACGUCCGCUACUAUAAGGACUGCCUCUCGGCGCUGCACCAGUAUUCACCCGACGCCCAGGUCUUUUGCCUGCUCCACAAGAUGGACCUCGUCGAUCCCUCCCGGCGCCGGGCAGUCUACGCCAGCAGGGUCAAGGAGCUGCGAAGGAAGAGCAAAGAGGUGGCCCUCACCACUGGCGCUGGCGCAAAGUCGUCGAACAGCGCCGGGUUCCGCAUCAACUGCUUUGCCACCAGCAUCUGGGAUGAGACGCUGUAUAGGGCAUGGUCUCGCAUCGUGCACACGCUCAUUCCCAACGUCGCCAUGCUGGAGCGGCACCUGUCGCAGUUCGCCCAGAUCAACUCGGCCAUGGAGGUCGUCUUGUUUGAGCGCACCACCUUCCUCGUCAUCUCGCGCUCCUCAUCAGUCGCCGAUGCGGCAGCGGCGUCAUCCGGCGGUGCUGCAGCACCGUCCGAGGCGGGAGGAUUCGUCUACGACGAGGACGAGGAAGGCAUGGAGGGUUUCCGAGACACCGUGGGCCGCACGACUGGCGGUGGAGCCGGGCUGGGGUCAGGCUUCAUCACCGGGACAUCGCAGCGCGUGCAAACGCCCGGCAUGGCGGGCGACCGCAAGUCAAACGGGGCCAUGUCCGACGUCAAGCUCAACCCGGAGAGGUUCGAAAAGAUCAGCGAGCUCAUCAAGAACUUUAAGCUGUCCUGCUCGAAGCUGCAAUCCAACUUCCAAGGCCUCGAGCUGAGAGGCUCCAACUUCACAGCCUACCUCGACGUCCUGACGUCCAACACCUAUAUCAUGAUUGUCGUCGCCGAUCCCCAGAUCCAGCUGGCGGCGAUCAAGCUCAAUGUCCAGCUCGGGCGAGACCACUUCGAGAAGCUGCAGGCCAUCAACCCCGGCCGUGCUUAA